GGCUGGAUUUUUUCGCUGCCCUUGCUUUCAAAGCAUCAGCCAGAUAAAGGAAUUAUCUGGGCCGGCAAAUAGGUCCGUUGGGGAAAGAAUUUAUUUUUUUAGCUUUUUUUCUUUUUCAGCCUUCGGCCGUGCCAAGGAGAAAGGGUGGGUCGGGAUGGACAAAGCUGCGAACGGGCCCGUUCAGAAAGAGGGUUCAGAUGUUAAAAAGGGACAAAUCCCCUCCCGGUGCAGCCGGGACGUUCCCAGAGGGAGUCAAGGACAAGGGCGGGAGGUUCCAGCCCUUUCUGCGCGGAGCUGGGACCCCCGGGGGGGCCGCAUCCAUCACAGCCCGGGGAAAUCCCAGCCCAGGUUUGGGAAUUGGUCCUGAUUUGCAAUGCGGGAGGGGGGAGCGGCUUCCUCUUUCCACCCCAUUUCCAUGGGGGUCUCACCCUCGCGGCCCCCCUUCCCUCACCGGGCCGUGCAUCCCAGGAAUUCCACUCGGAGCGGGGGUUUGGGACCACCCGGGGGGCGCAGCCGGGAGGGUUUUGGCCAUCGCCCCCCGCUCCAUCCCCAGCCCCGCCGGGCUCCGCCUUCCCCGCUGCGCGGAGAAAAUGAAAGCGGCGGCUCCCGCAUCCCCCGGAGCGCCAUGGACGCGCUCCCAGCCGAGGCCUCCUGCCCCAUCUGCCUGGAAUAUUUCCGGGACCCCGUGUCCAUCCACUGCGGCCACCACUUCUGCCGCUCGUGCAUCGAGCGCUGCUGGGAGUGGCCCACGGCCGGGUUCGCGUGCCCGCGGUGCCGGGACACGGCCCCGCAGCGGAGCCUCCGCCCGAGCCGCGAGCUGGCGCGGGUGCUGGAGAUCGCCCGGCGCCUGAGCCGCGGGGAAGCGCUGGCUACCGGGGACGAGGAGGAGGAAGGAUGCCGGAGGCACCGGGAGCCCCUGGAGGUUUUCUGCAAGGAGGACGGAGCUCUGCUGUGCGCGAUCUGCCGCGAGUCCCGCGCGCACCGCGCCCACACCGUGCUCCCGGUGCCGGAGGCUGUCCGGGAAUUCAAGGAACAAAUCCAGGCUCGGCUGCAAACCCUGAAGGACGACAGAGAGAAACUCCUGGAGUUCCGGGAGGCUGAAAUGAAGCGAAAUUGGGAGUAUUUGGAGAAGACCGAAGCCGAGCGGCAGAGGAUUCUCUCCCAGUUCCAGGGGCUGCACCUCUCCCUGGAGGAGCUUUCCCGUCACCUCCUGGCUCGGCUGGGGGACCUGGAGAGCGACAUCGGGAAGGUGCAGGAGGAAAACGUGACGAGCCUGACGAAGGAGAUCUCCCGGCUGGACACCCGCGUCCAGGAACUGGAGGAGAAGUGCCAACAGCCAGCCAGGACCUUCCUGCAGGACAUCAGCGGAACCUUGACCAGCCUGGGAAAGGAAAACCUCCAGCUGCCCCCGUCGCCUCUUCCAGAGCUGGAAAAGAAAAUUCAUCACUUCAGGGAGGAAAAUAUUCUCCUGGAGGAGACACUGAGGAGCUUCCAAGACAUCCUGAUGUUCGAGCUGCCGGAGAAAAUGACGGUGACGCUGGACCCCGGCACGGCUCACCCCCAGCUCCUCGUGGCGCCCGACGGGAGCAGCGUCAGCUGGGAAAGCGCCGAGGACCCUCCCGGGGACGGACCCGGACCCGGCACCGACCCCUCCGUGCUCGGCCGCGAGGGCGUCACGGCCGGGAGGCGCUGCUGGGACGUGCAGGUGGCCCCCGCGGGGUCCUGGGCCCUGGGAGUGGCCAGGGAGACCCCCGGGAGCGGGGCAGAGACCCCCGGGAGCGCCGAGUGGGAGCUCUGGUCCAUGGGGCUCUGCCAGGGCCAGUUCUGGGCUCUCACCUCCCUGGAGCGCAUCCCGCUCUUCCCGAUCCGGGCGCCCAGCAGGGUGCGAGUGGCCCUGGACUACGAGAGGGGCCAGGUGGCUUUUUUUGAUGCUGAUAAGAGAAGUCUGAUCUUCGCCUUCCCGGCAGCCUCGUUCAAGGGGCAGAGCAUCCACCCCUGGUUCCUGGUGUGGGGCGAGGGCUCCCGGAUCACCCUGUGCCCCUGAGCUUCCCCCAUUCCCGAGGUUUCUCCCCCAGUCCUGGCACUUCCAGGGACUUAGGUCUGCUGAAGUCUCUUUCAGAGAUGCUGAGCAUCCCUCGGGGUCGCUGUCCCGAGUUGCCACCCCAAAUCUGGUGGCUGAAAACGGAGCCACAUCUGUCCCGCCCCUCCUGCACCAUCCCAAUCCCUUUUCUCUCCUCUCCUCUGGCUUUGGAUAAAGUAAAACCCCGACAUUUACGUGUUUUAA